GGGUCGGGUAUCAUGUAGCUUCCCGAUGCUUGGAGACCCGGACUACUCAAAAGCCCUGUCCAACGAAGCGCGGGAUCGAAAGACGAACCUUCCGGAACAACGCACUAAAAAUCUCCGCUACCUGAAAUCGUCCUCCUCUCUCAACCCAUCUCCCUCUCAUACAUCAAGAUCUCAGAGCAACCAACGGCAGAGAAACGAAGAUGGGGAUAAUCAAGAGCAGCUUCUCGUUCAUGGCGGGGACCCUGUGCGGCAUCUACAUCGCUCAGAACUACAACGUCCCCAACAUCAAGAAACUCGCAAACACCGCCCUCUUCCUGGCCAAGCACAUCGAAGAAUCCUACCGCAAGCCCAAGAAGAAAGGAGACGACGACUGAUCAGCUCUUGGAAUCUUCUAGAAGCGCCAGAGCUCCCUGAUCUAAAUUGUUCAUUCGGGUUUCUUGGAGCGUGUUUGGAUGCAUCAUCGAAUUGAAUUAUGAUAUGUUUUGAGGUACUAGACUCCAGAUUGCAAUUACGUUGCUUUUGGGUUGGAGUUGAAAGAAACGUAACUGCAACUUAUGGGCUGGUUCAAUGUUUUGAUUUAGGAAUCUGAGGAAAUGCGGCUGGUUUUUGUCAUUUCAUUUUGAUUAUACUGAAUAUUCACUUCAAUUCGCUUGACCAUCCAAACGCUGCCUUAUCAUUUUUUUUUUCUUCCUUGAGAAAGAGUUUAAAGUUUGUUGAGGACAAUGGAGAAUUGGGUGCAUCUUACUCUUGAAGAAGAUGUUGUGGUUGUUAUUUAAGAAAGUUUCUAUACUUCUA